AACUCGAUUAAAAAAAAAGAAAAACCCAACGACAGCAACAAGGUCAAGAUUCAAGAACAAGGCAAAGUUGCAAAUAGAAAUUAGCCCAAAUCUGUCUUAAAACCCCAAAUUGAAGCCCAAUAACAAAAACCAACCCCGAUUGGCGCACGUUAGCUCCGGCAGCCUUAAACCUCCACUCGACACUCCACCCUCCGCAAAACCAAAAGGCUUCAGUUUUCUCUUACAAAACCAACCUUUAAAACCAUCUCCGGUCACCCUAGCACAACCAUUAGAUCCUCCGGAAUGGACCCACUUUUGGACCGAAUCAACGUCCGCGAUCUCCUAUCUGGGCACGACCUCUCCGACCCUUCGACGCCACUUUCCGCACCCGAUCUCCGCCUCCUCAUCAACCGCCUCGAAUCGCACUCUCUUCACAUCAAAUCGAAAGUGCGUUCUUACCUCCUUUCUCAUCACAACGAUUUUGCCUCUCUCUUCUCUCAGUGCAACGAUAUUGUUCUCAAGACUAACGAAAUCUCUGACAACCUCUCCAAUAUUCUCUCGUUAGUCUCCGAUCCUCCGAUCGGUGGUGAGAUCCGUAAGUUGGUUGAUGAGAUUGGGAGGAAAACGAAGGAGGCUAGGGAAAAGAGGGAGAUUUUAGGGUUGUUGAGGGUAAUUGUUGGGAUUUGCGAGAGAUUGGAAGGCGCGAGAUUGGCGUUGAGGAAUGGACGGUUUGGAUUCGCCGCUGCGGAAGUUAAGGAGUUGAAGGAGGCUUUGAGGAUUGGCGAUGAAGAAGAAGGAGAGCCUAUCGUAUAUGGUUUAUUGAGGAAACAAUGGGCGGAUUUAUUCGAUGAGAUGCAAGAGUUGCUUGCCAAGUUCAUGGACUAUGCGGUUCAGUUCGAGCAGGAUUCUAGAACAAUUCGAGUGAAAUACAGAUUAUGUGUUGAUGAAAUGGACGGGAUUGAACUUCAUACAAUUUUGGAAGCAAUGGAUGUUGCUGGAGUAUUGGAUUAUAGUCUUGCUAAAGCAGCUGACUUGAUAAUCAAGCAUGUCAUCACUGAAGCUGUAAACUAUCAAUCGCCUGUAAUAUUUGUAGAAGAUGUAAGUCAAGGUUCUGAAGGAAUUACAGAAGCUGUACUGAAGAUAUUACCUUCACAAGAUCUCAAGAUUGUAGAUGUGGACGGUGAUGCUAUCUAUGCUAGAGUUAUUCAGGUUAUCAGGUUUAUUUUCAAGCAUAUAUGCUUUGAAAAUGGUUCAUGGAUUCAUUCUUUUGGAAGGUUAACUUGGCCAAGGAUCUCGGAUCUUAUUAUCUCCAACUUUCUCUCCAAGGUUGUCCCUGAAGAUGCCUCAAAACUUGCUGACUUUCAGAAGAUAAUCAAAUGUACAUCAGAAUUUGAGAUUGCUUUAAAGGAAAUGAUGUUCAUAUCGGUGUCUGAUAACAAAGAUGAAAAGUUGAGCAAUUUUGCUGAAAAUGUUGAAGUUCACUUUGCAUUCAGGAAGAAAACAGAAAUCUUGGGAAAAGCUAGAAAUUUACUCCUGCAGUGUGAUUUCUCUGUUCCUAAAGAGUUCACUUCCAAAGGCCCUUUAUUGAAGAAUGAUGGAAUGGCUAUAAAUUCUUCCAAACAAGUUGUUGAUUUGCUUUUUUCAUCUGAGAGAUGUGUGGUAUCAAAAGCAGCCUCCCAACUGAUGGAGCUAGUGCAUCAGACACUUCAGGAUGUUUGCUUGUCAUCCACAAGAGUUGCUUUGGAAUUCUAUCAUGCUGCCAGAGAUGCUAUACUUCUUUAUGAAGCUAUCAUCCCUGUCAAGGUUUUUGUGCAUCACAACUAUGUUGGUAACCUUUAUUUUUGGCUUGUAAAGCUAGAAAGGCAGCUGGAUGGUAUCAACCAGGUUGCUACUCUCAUGCACAACGAUUGUCUUGACUUAUCUCAAGAGAUACUUGGGCUUGCAUUUGAGUACCGCACAGACUUUCCAGAUUCCAUCAAGGAAUAUGCUGUAUUUGCUGAUAUGGCUCCAAGAUUUCAUCUCAUGGCUGAAGAAAUAUUGCAUAGGCAAAUCCAGAUUGUUGUUUAUAAUUUGAGAGAGGCUAUAGAUGGUGCUGAUGGAUUUCAAAAUACCCAUCAAAUGCAACAAUAUGAAUCUGCAAAAUUCAGCAUAGAUCAGGUUGUUUUUGUUCUCGAGAAAGUACAUAUUAUAUGGGAGCCACUCUUACUGCCUUCAACUUAUAAGAGAAGUAUGUGCAUGGUUCUAGAAUCAGUCUUCGCUAGAAUCACAAAAGACAUACUUUUGCUUGAUGAUCUGGCAGCAGAAGAAACAUUACAGCUCCAAAGACUAAUCCAUUUAAUGAUGGACAACCUGUCUUCUUUAUUGAAGUCUCUAAUUGUCGUCAAUUCAAAAGGGAAGUCAGAAGAAGACUCAAGGCGUCCUGUAGAUGACCUUAUACCAUCUUUACGUAAAAUUCGCAAACUAGCAGAAUUGUUAGAUAUGCCUUUAAAAUCCAUCACGUCUGCAUGGGAAAGUGGAGAGCUUCUAAGCUGUGGUUUUACAAUAGUAGAGUUGAAAGAUUUCAUCAGAGCUAUAUUCGCUGAUUCAGCAUUGAGAAAAGAAUGCCUAUGGCGGAUAGAAAACGUCGGUUUGUAGAAGUUGCAGUUUCCUUUGUCACACUCCAACCUGCACUCUGCUCUUCCCGUGAAGGAAAACAGAAAGGGUCGAAACGGCUAAUGAAGAGAAAAAAAUACUGAGGUUGACAUAUGCUCUAAAUUGGAGUUGCUACAUUGCAUAGAGGGUGAUUCCCCUGUUAAAACAUAUCAAAAAUUUCGAACGCACGUUCCGAGCCUAGAUAUCUGUUCUUUUUUUUUUUUUCAAGCGCACGUUCUGGGCAAGUGUGUGUUUUCUUAGCUCUAUACAAUAUUUGUAAUUUCAUGCUGCUGUAGAGCAUUCAAUCGCAAGGCAAUUCUAGCA